GUUCUCCGGCUCCGCGAUUGGCUGAGGGCGCCCUUAUAAAGCUCCCCCGCAAGCACGCGUCCCCUUUCGUCCCUGGCGGCCCAAGGUGCUGCGUCCUUCAGCUGAAGCUAAGGCCGACCCGGCGACUGGCACCGCGCCCCUCCCCGCCAUGGCCUCCGUCUCCGAGCUCGCCUGCAUCUACUCCGCCCUCAUCCUGCACGACGACGAGGUCACCGUCACGGAGGACAAGAUCAACGCGCUCAUCAAGGCGGCCGGAGUGAACGUGGAGCCAUUCUGGCCGGGACUCUUCGCCAAGGCUCUGGCCAACAUCGACAUCGGCAGCCUGAUCUGCAACGUGGGCGCCGGCGGCGGUGGAGCCCCGGCUGCGGCUGCUCCGGCCGGCGGGGCCGCGCCCGCGGGGGGAGCCGCCCCGGCUGAGGAGAAGAAAGAAGAGGAAAAGAAGGAAGAAUCAGAGGAAUCUGAUGACGACAUGGGCUUUGGUCUUUUUGACUAAUUAGUUUUGUACCCGCCUGUAAUAAACACCAUUUAAAUACA